UUUCACCUCCCAUUGGCCAUUGUCGAAACAUGUUUCUAUGGCUGAGGUGACAGUGCCGAGCUAUGGCAAUUGAAGUUUUGUCAGAGAUUUCAAGCCCAAGGAUCUCGUUUUCCAAUGAUCUCGACGGUGCAGAUUCCAUUGAAGAAUGCCGCCAUCGGAGAUUAGACACGUCGCUACUGAAUUCAUCGUCGGAUUUCGAUUUCUGUUUCGAGAAUACUAGUUUCGUUCAAGAACUACCCUCCGCCGAUGAGCUCUUCUCCGAUGGCAAGAUUCUACCGAUCGAGAUCAAGCGAAAACCCUUCGUCCUUAGACAAGAUCAUCGUCGACCGGAGACGGUUGCGGCUAGUGUCUCGACGGACAACGCGGGGAAGGUCAGAAGGUUGAAAGAAUUUCUAUCGAUGAGCAUCGACGCCGAGGACGACAAGCCCGCAUCGAAGUUUUUCUGGCAGUUCAAGAGAAGCAGCAGCCUCAACUGCGAGAGCACUCGAAGCAAAAGCCUAAUCCGAUCACUCCAAUUCAUCACGCGCAGCAAUUCGACGGGUUCGGCUCCGAACCCGAAAGAAACGCAGCAAAAACAUACCUUCCUGAAGCAGCCGUCUCUGUCGAGAAAAUCAUCGGCUACGUAUUACACUGACGGGAAUUCGACACAAAAGCCGCCAUUAAAGAAGAGUUGUGGUACUGUUCGAGUCAGCCCUGUUUUGAAUCUUCCGCAUCCGAUCAUUUCGAAUGUGAGUGCGAGUUUUUUCGGGUUGGGUUCUCUCUUCUGUAAUGGUAAGGUUAAAAGGAAGAAGAGAUGAAUUUCGUUUUCGGUUCGGGUUACUUUCG